AUGUCGUCGAGCCGGCGCGGUGAUCACUCGCGCUCGGCGACGGGCGAACCGUCGACGCGAUCGAACGACGGGCGACGAAGCGCGCACGGUGCGCCCGGGACCGCGCGCGGGCUGACGAUAAAACCAUUCAAGCGCGCGCCGACGGUGCCGACGGAGUUCGCGACGCGGGCGCGGGAGACGCUGCGAGAGGCGAUACGACGGGUGCAGGCGAAGGAGGUGACGGGGGUGAGUCACGAGGCUUUGUAUCGACACGUGGAGAAUCUGUGCGUGCACAGACGGGCGGCGGAGGCGUUCGAGGAUUUUCAGUCGGGGGCGGAUCGACGGGCGAGAGAGGUCUUGCGGGGAUUGGAGGGACGGAAAAUUGAGGAUUCAGGGGUUUUCUUGACGAAAUUCGAUGAGACGUGGGGGGAUUAUUGCGCCCAGGCGUUGACGCUGCGGUCAAUCUUUUUGUAUCUCGACCGCGCGCAGGCGAACGGAGGCGGGAAAUCGUCGACGCUCUGGGACGUGUCGCUGCGCGUUUUCCACGAGCAUCUCGAGGGAACGGCGAAGAGCGUGAAGGGUAAGGUUGUCAGGGGCUUACUCGAUCUCGUCGAGCGAGAGCGGAUGGGGGAGAAGAUUGAUAGGGCGCUCGCGAAGCGCGUUUUGCGAGCGCUGAGCGCGCUCGGGGUGUAUCAAGAGGCGUUUGAAAACGUCUUCAUAGAGGCGAGUCAGGAGUUCUAUCGCAAGGAAGGGAACGAGUACUCGGUACAGACGGACGUGUCGGAUUACCUGAAGCACUGCGAACGGAGGCUCGAGGAGGAGGCGGAGAGGUGCGCGAAUUACUUGGACGCCGGCACGGCCAAGGCGCUCAUGCGGACGUGCGAGCAAGGUUUGAUAGAGGCACACAUCGGAGACAUCUUAGACAAGGGGUUCGUCGAUCUCAUGCGUCAGCAUCGACUGGAGGAUUUGCGGCGCCUGCACUCGCUUCUCGCUCGAAUGGAUGGUUUGGGCCGUCUGUGCAGCGCGUUCGUGACGUACCUCAAGCAGCAGGGCACGGCUAUUGUGAAAGACGAGGCGCGCGAUAAGGACAUGGUGGAUCGAUUACUGACGAUGAAGACCGCCGUGGACGAGGUCGUGAGCAAAUCUUUCGGUCGAACCAUCGCGGACGGAUCCAAUGACAUUUUCAUCAACGGUGUCAAGGAGUCGUUCGAGUCAUUCAUCAACUGUCGACAAAAUGUCCCUGCGGAGCUGAUCGCAAAAUACAUUGAUUCAAAGCUGAAAAGCGGGAGUAAAGGACUGAGUGAAGAGGAGUUGGAGAGAACUUUAGAUAAGGCGCUAACAUUGUUCAGAUACAUCGUCGGAAAGGAUGUUUUCGAAGUGUUUUACAAGAAGGAGCUCUCGAAGCGUCUUUUGCACGGCAAGAGCGCGAGCAUCGACGCGGAGAGGAGCAUGAUCCAAAAGUUGAAGGCGGAGUGUGGCAGUCAGUUCACGCAACAUCUGGAAGGAAUGUUCAAGGAUAUCGAUCUGAGUCGCGAAAUCAUGCAAUCGUUUCGACAGACGUUCGAGAACGACCCAAUCAUAGAGAUGAAUGUCAAUGUCAUAACUGCGGGGUGCUGGCCGUCGUACCCAUCAGUCGACGUCAAGCUCCCAGAGGAGCUGGCGAAUUUGCAAGAGAAGUUCAUGAGUUUCUACCUCGGUAAACAUUCAGGGCGAAAGUUAACGUGGCAAAACUCGGAGGGUCACUGCGUCCUCAAGGCGCGCUUCGACGGAGGAAUGAAGGAACUCAGUGUCUCCCUCUUUCAGUGCGUCAUCCUGAUGCUGUUCAACGACUCCAAGAAGCUCUCGUACACGGAGAUUGCGCAGAAGACUGGGAUGGAAGAGAAGGAACUUAAACGUGCUCUUCAGUCACUGGCUUGCGCCAAGGUUCGAAUCCUGAACAAGGAGCCAAAAUCGCGCGAGAUCAACGACGAUGAUUCUUUCGAGGUGAACACUGCGCUGAACGAGCGUCUGUUCCGCAUCAAGGUCAACUCCAUCCAAGUCAAGGAAACGGCCGAGGAGAACAAGCAGACCAUGGAGCGGGUGUUCCAAGAUCGCCAACAACAGAUAGACGCCGCUAUCGUUCGCGUGAUGAAGACGAGGAAGUCGCUCACGCAUGCGCUCCUCAUCUCUGAACUCAUGGCGCAGCUCAAGUUUCCCACCAAGGCGAGCGAUUUGAAGAAGCGUAUCGAGAGUCUCAUCGAGCGAGAGUACCUCGAGCGCGACCGCGAAGAUGCGCAGACGUAUAACUACCUCGCUUAA